CUGACAGAUGGGCCCAUACUCUUACCCUCGCCGCCCCCCACGAAUCACAUCGGCACAUCGUUCAACUCGCUAGCCCAAGAACAUUCGGUUCCGAAAUUACAAUUUACAGCUAUCAAGCGCGGCGCGGAGGCGGGAGCAGCGAGCAGCGCGCGGCCGGCGACCCCACCAGCAACCGGCCGCGCGGCCGCGGUUGCCUCCGUCGGCUGGGUCCUCGCCUCGAUGGUGGGGAUGUACCAGCACCAGCUCCGCGACGACCCCUUCGGCACCCUAGGCGGCGGCCACUGCGGUGACCAGCCACGCAUCGCCGGCGGCGGCGCCUCCUCCUCCUCCUCCUCCUCGUUGUCCUCCUCUCCCUCGGCUGUUCUCGCCCCGCUGCCUGCAGAGGCGCAUGGCGGCGGAGAGCCGCGGCAGCGGUUCGAGGCGCUCGCCGACGGGGGAAGCGUGCUGCGCGGCGCGGGAGGCGGCAAAGGCGGCGUCGUGGGUGGGGAUCUGGGGGUGCUAGUGCGGUGGAUGCGGGAGCUCGCAGCGGAUCCCGUGGCUCCCCUUCCGGCGCCAUCAGAGCACAGGCCGAGGAAGCGGCACGUGCUGGCCUUGCGGCGCGCUCGCUACCUUAGAUUGGAGGACGUGGAGGACGCAGAAGAGCUUCCCAGCUUCUACAAGAAAAGGAAGCUCUACUGGGACAAACAAAAAAAGAAAGGGUGCUUGAACAUGCCAACAAGGAAAUCUGAGAGGCUAGCUAAGAGAAUGAAACUCAUGGCAUCAUUGCUCCUCACACAACGGAAAAAGAUUGGAGUAGGUGAGCACUUUCAGGCAGAGGUACCUGAUUGGACUGGGCAACCUUCAGGGAAAGAGCUUUCACGUUACAGGAGUGAUCCAGAGACAUCAAAGUGGUUAGGGACUAGGAUGUGGCCUCCUGAGGGUGAAGUUUAUAAAACCGACAUUGUAGCUGUUGGGCAGGGAAGGCCCGGAUCAUGUAGUUGCCCCUUCCCAGGAUCCUUCUUCUGCAGACAGCUCCACAUAAAUGAAGCAAGAGAUCAGCUACGCUCUGAACUUGGUCAAGUUUUUACAAUGUGGCAGUUUGAUUCUAUGGGGGAGGAGGUUUCUAAGUUGUGGAGUCGCGAUGAGCAGCUAAAGUUUGACGCACUUGAGCAAUUGGUUCCUGUUAUGGAUCAAAAGACAUAUUGGGCCGUUGUGUCGAAAAAUUUUGCUUCAAAGCCCAGGAUAGAUUCGAUAAAGUACUACCUGAAUGUGUUCCUGAUGAGAAGAGUGUUGAGUCAGUGCAGACUGAGUCUUCUGGAAAUUGAUAGUGACGAAGAUGAAGUGGAGGAAGAGGAGGAUGAAGAUCAACCUGAAGGAUCCAGCUCUCUUCAGAGGACUCAAGAUGUCCAGGAUUUGAAGAAGGUGCCAUGAUUGUGCUGACAACAAUCUGACAUGCUUCUUUGCAUGCCUUUUGUUCAAGUUUAUGCCGAGACACAUUGCAUCAAGUGAUGCACCAUUGCUCCGAGUGAUCGCAAGUCUAAUUUUUGCACAUUUUUGGUUAAGGGCUCCAUUCACUUUGGUUCAGCCAACUCUGUGAACAGAAACUAAAUCGAGUGUUAAAUCAUCCCCGUGCGUCUCUCUAGGCAAGCAAAUCAAUACUUCAAGCUCAUCUGAGCCAAAUUGUUUUCCGUUGUACAGGAAAAUGGUAAAAAAACAGAUGGGGAAAAAAACUGAGGCUUUUAACAAGUCAUUAUCUCAUCCGCAUUUGGUUGACUUGUGCUCUUGGCAUGACAAAACCUUCCAGUUUGACUCUAGUUUGGUUAUCUAUGUUCAGCUGGUACAUCAGAAUCUUCCAGAUGUUAUUUCCUUUGCCUAUUCCUAAACUGAAAAAAGUCGCACCUUUUCGCUUU